UCUUCGGGUUUCAACAUACCCUCUCUCCCUGGUCUCUUUCAAAGAGUUCGAAAGACAAUGUUUUUGUUUGAUUGGUUUUAUGGGGUGCUAACAUCACUUGGCUUAUGGCAGAAGGAAGCCAAGAUCUUGUUCUUGGGCCUUGAUAAUUCUGGCAAAACCACCUUGCUUUUCAUGUUAAAAGAUGAGAGAUUGGUGCAACAUCAGCCAACACAGUAUCCAACGUCAGAGGAGUUGAGUAUAGGGAACAUCAAGUUUAAGGCUUUUGAUUUGGGGGGCCAUCAGAUUGCACGUCGAGUUUGGAAAGAUUACUAUGCCAAGGUGGACGCAGUUGUUUACUUGGUAGAUGCCUAUGACAAAGAGAGAUUUGCGGAGUCAAAACAGGAACUAGAUGCUCUCCUCGCCGACGAAGCAUUAGCCAACGUCCCUUUCCUUGUUUUAGGCAACAAGAUCGAUAUUCCAUAUGCUGCUUCAGAAGAAGAGUUGCGAUACUACCUUGGCCUUGCCAACUUCACCACUGGCAAGGGUAAGGUGAACUUGGAAGACUCAAAUGUCCGUCCGCUCGAGGUCUUCAUGUGUAGCAUUGUCCGGAAAAUGGGUUAUGGAGAGGGUUUCAGGUGGCUUUCUCAGUACAUCUAGCGAGCUAUAGAAAACCAAGAUCUGUAUAGUUAUCAAGUGCUAUGUCCUAUAAGGUGUGGGGUUGGAUAUUGUCUCUCUCAAUGGUGAAAUGAAAUACAAGCUCUCUAAUGUCCACGAUGAAACCUAAAAGAGAUUGAUGAUUUGUGGUCUGUUAGCAAUGAAAAGGAGCAACACGACCUUCGUUCUGCUCCUGCAUCAUGUUGACUAGGAAUACCUUUUUUCUUUUUGUAAACCCAUUUUGUGGGAGUAGUGUAAUUGUUCCAUGGAAUGGGAUGUACAGCCACGUUGUAGAUAAUCUCCUUUGUAUACAGUGUUGAAGAAUUUUUUUA